AUGGGGGAAGUUCUGGAACAGUUCUUCAUUUUUGUAGGGCUGCUGGUGUGCCUAGUGUACCUCGUGAAGUGCGUGAGAUUCUCCAAAUGUAUUUUCCUGCGCUUCUGGAAGGUUUUGCCGAGAUCUUUCUUGAAGUCAAUGGGACAGUGGGCAGUGAUCACUGGAGCAGGAGCUGGGAUUGGGAAGGCUUAUUCAUUCGAGCUGGCAAGACAAGGACUCAACGUUGUGCUUAUCAGCCGGACACUGGAAAAGCUACAGGCCACUGCCACAGAGAUUGAGAGGACUACAGGGAGUAGUGUGAAGAUUAUACAAACAGAUUUUACCAAAGAUGACAUCUAUGAGGAUAUUAAAGAAAAACUUAAAGGCUUAGAAAUUGGAAUUUUAGUCAACAAUGUUGGAAUGCUUCCAGACCUUCUCCCGAGACAUUUCCUUAAUUCACCGGAUGAGAUCCAGAGCCUCAUCCAUUGUAACAUCACCUCAGUAGUGAAGAUGACACAGCUCAUUCUGAAACAAAUGGAAUCAAGGCAGAAAGGUCUCAUCCUGAACAUUUCUUCCGGGGUGGCCCUCUUUCCUUGGCCCAUAUACUCCCUGUAUUCGGCUUCCAAGGCUUUUAUGCGCACGUUUUCCAAGGCGCUGCAAGCAGAAUAUAAAGCGAAAGGCAUCAUAAUCCAGGUGCUGACUCCAUAUGCUGUUUCAACCCCAAUGACAAAGUACCUAAAAACCAACAUGAUAACCAAGACUGCCGAUGAGUUUGCUAAAGAAUCACUGAAUUAUGUCACAAUUGGAGAUGAAACCUGUGGCUGCCUUGUCCAUGAAAUCUUGGCGAGCUUCCUGGGCCACAUCCCGCCCUGGGUCUUCCACAGCGGCGCCUUCCGGAAGCUGCUGCUGGCGUGCUACGUGGACUACCUGAGGCGGAACGCCGCCCUCGGGCCACCACGCGGGGCCGCCCGGGCCGCUGGCGUCGCGCCGUCGGCGGUGGCUGCUGAGGACAGGGCCGCGCGACCGCCCGGCGGGCCCCCGGAGCCGGAGGGCCCGUGUCACCGAUCCACUCUUGGGGGCGUUGGAGGAGGAGUGUGCCAGCUGGCAGUGGCCAAGACCGCGUCCCCAGGCGGUCACGUGCUCGAGGCCCUGCCGACCUUGGUGCACGCGUCGUUUCUGAGGCGGUCGCCAUCAUUCAUGGUGUGA